AUGAAUGGUUGCAAUUCUGAUUUUGAUGGAAAUGGUCUUUCCAUGGAAGUUUCAGCCAUAUAUCUUGCCAUGAAAAACUCAAAGUUGGAAUGUGUUGAUGAGCACGGUCAGGAUCCAGUGUCUUCUGACAUAUGGACAGAGGAGGAUGACUGUUCUAGCCUCAUUGCCUCCAUCGAUCCAGCUGUUCUAGCCUCAUUGCCUCCAUCAAUGCAGCUGGACCUUCUUGUUCAGGUAGUUUAG